AUGUCUGGUUUUGAUGACCCUGGCAUUUUCUAUAGUGAUAGCUUUGGUGGAGACCCAGUUACAGAUGAAGGACAAAUUCGAAAGUCCCAGCUGCAGAAACGCUUCAAAGAGUUUUUAAGGCAGUAUCGCAUUGGAACAGACCGGACUGGCUUCUCUUUCAAAUACAGAGAUGAGCUCAAACGUCAUUAUAACGUUGGACAAUAUUGGAUUGAGGUGGAGAUAGAAGAUUUGGCAAGCUUUGAUGAAGAUCUGGCAAAUUAUGUACACAAGCAACCUGUGGAGCAUCUUCAGCUGCUGGAGGAAGCUGCAAAAGAAGUAGCUGAUGAAGUAACACGUCCUCGGCCAACAGGAGAAGAGACUCUUCAGGAUAUUCAAGUUAUGCUCAGAUCAGAUGCCAAUCCAUCCAACAUCCGAAAUCUCAAAUCUGAACAGAUGUCACAUUUGGUGAAGAUCCCAGGAAUCAUUAUUGCUGCAACUCCUGUGAGAGCCAAAGCAACCAAGAUCACCAUCCAAUGCCGCACUUGCCGAAAUAUAAUACCUAACAUAGCUUUGCGUCCAGGUCUGGAAGGAUAUGCUCUUCCUCGGAAGUGCAGCACGGAACAGACUAACCUAGCAAAAUGUCCUUUGGACCCAUAUUUCAUUGUUCCAGACAAGUGUAAAUGUGUGGAUUUCCAAACAUUGAAGCUGCAAGAGUCUCCUGAUGCUGUUCCUCAUGGAGAAUUGCCUCGGCACAUGCAGCUCUAUUGUGACAGAUACCUGUGUGACAAAGUUGUCCCUGGGAACAGAGCUACUAUCAUAGGCGUUUACUCAAUCAAAAAGGCAAGCCUCACAAAGAUCAAGAGCCGGAACAAUGCUGGAGUGGGCAUCCGGAGCUCCUAUAUCCGUGUAGUGGGAAUACAAGUAGACACCGAAGGCUCAGGGCGCAGUGUCAGUGGCUCCGUGACACCUCAAGAAGAGGAGGAGUUUCGGCAUUUGGCUUCCAUGCCCAACAUUUAUGAUAUGGUUGCCAAAAGCAUUGCUCCUUCCAUCUAUGGUAGUAAUGAUAUCAAGAAGGCAAUUGCAUGCAUGCUUUUUGGAGGCUCUCGAAAGAGACUUCCAGAUGGGUUAACACGUAGAGGGGAUAUUAAUUUGCUCAUGAUGGGAGACCCUGGAACUGCCAAAUCUCAGCUCUUAAAGUUUGUAGAAAGAUGUUCACCCAUAGGAGUCUAUACUUCAGGGAAAGGCAGCAGUGCAGCUGGUCUAACUGCCUCAGUGAUCAAAGACCCAGCUACACGGAGCUUCUUUGUAGAAGGUGGAGCCAUGGUCUUGGCUGAUGGAGGAGUAGUAUGCAUUGACGAGUUUGACAAGAUGCGUGAAGAUGAUAGGGUGGCCAUCCAUGAAGCUAUGGAGCAGCAGACCAUCUCCAUUGCCAAGGCUGGUAUCACCACUACCCUAAAUUCACGCUGCUCUGUGUUAGCAGCUGCAAACUCCGUGUUUGGACGCUGGGAUGAAACUAAAGGAGACGAAAAUAUAGACUUCAUGCCCACCAUUCUGUCCCGAUUUGACAUGAUCUUCAUUGUCAAAGAUGAGCACAAUGAGGAAAGAGACAUGACCCUGGCCAAGCAUGUGAUGUCACUACAUGUAAGUGCCUUAACCCAGACACAGGCAGUUGAGGGUGAGAUUGAGCUGCAUAAACUGAAGAAGCUGAUUGCCUACUGCAGAGUGAAAUGUGGUCCUCGCCUCUCUGCAGAAGCUGCAGAGAAAUUGAAGAACCGCUAUAUUCUUAUGCGCAGUGGUGCCCGCGAACAUGAAAGAGAAAGCGACCGUCGCUCCAACAUUCCCAUUACAGUAAGGCAGCUGGAGGCCAUUGUGCGAAUAGCAGAAUCCCUCAGUAAGAUGAAGCUCCAACCUUUUGCUACUGAGGCAGACAUUGAAGAAGCCUUGCGGCUCUUCCAGGUGUCGACCCUUGAUGCUGCUUUGUCAGGCAACCUCUCAGGAGUAGAAGGUUUCACUACUCAGGAAGACCAAGAGAUGCUGUCUCGUAUUGAGAAGCAGCUCAAGCGUCGCUUUGCCAUUGGCUCCCAAGUAUCUGAACACAGCAUUAUCCAGGAUUUUGUGAAACAAAAAUAUCCUGAGCACGCCAUCUACAGGGUGCUGCAGCUUAUGAUGCGUCGUGGUGAGAUCCAGCAUCGCAUGCAACGCAAAGUCCUUUAUCGCAUCAAAUAAAAUACUAUGCAUCUCCUGGAAUGUUAAAAUAGAUGCAUUCUCCAUGUAAUUGAAACUAAAUUUUUGCCACUGUUUUCUUACAUCUAAUAUCUGCAAUACAUAUUUCAGUCCAAAGAAAAAUAAUCUGGAGUAUUGUCCUAUUCAGGGAGGUCAAAAGAGAGACAGUAUAAUAAUAGCUCUUGCUUUUAUUUGUUGCAAUUUUCCUGUUAAAGUGUCACCUUGAUAUUUUAUUACAAUAUUAAAAGUUUUUUUUAUCAACACUAAAACUUAAUAAGUAACAUGUCUGUAACAAAUAGAAAGUGUUCUGUUAAGGGUGUGAGGUAAGAAAGCUGUUAAAGAAUACAGAGCUAAUUUUCUCUAACGUAUUCUGCUAACUGCUCCUUCUGAAAGCCUCAUUGUUUAGUGUAGUAAAAUUAUAUUGUGAUGUCUUGUGACUGCCAUUGAGGUCAACAGUAGAGAACCUGGGAAAAGAACAUAUGGAAAGCAAAGAUCUCUCCCUGGAGAAGUUAGAGUUCCAAGCCAUGUUUACACAACAUGGCUUUUGUGCUUAGUGGUGAUACUUCAAUGGCAAUUAGCUGAGCAACACUGGAGGAGACCAGGAAACAAAUAUGUAGAAAGAUCUGUCACCAAAAUAAGUUACUUCCACCAUCACUCUUUCCUUGAAUGUGAGAUAAUCUUACCUCAAGAGUAUAGCUGCAUUUUUUUCUUUCUAUGGCCUUUCAAAGUGCAAGCAGGAUUCCUUGGGGUAAGACAGUGACCAUACAUAAUUGCACCAUAUAGUGGAAAUAUCCCUCCUGUAGUUAGGACCAAAAAACACCCCAGUUUCAUUUUAUUUUGAUUUUAUUAUAUGCUGAUCAUACUUUCCACAAGAGUGCAUAAAGCAAUAAAUACUUCAUUGGAGAAUGACAUAAAUAUUUUUAUAAUGUUUGCUACUAUUUAACAAUGAAAUUACUACGUUCUAAAAAUAAAAUAAUAAACCAGUGCAA